AAGAAGUCAGCAUCAGCCCAAAGCUCCAGACACGAUUCACCACAGCAACCUCUACCCUUCCAUCAGCAUACCACCAGCCUGCAGCCCACCGCUGUCAAUCAACCUCCUCCAUCUACCACCAGCUCCAGCCCCCCUCCAGAGCAGACAGAUGGAUCCCAAAGUGUGUGUCCUGCUCCUGCUGCUGUUUGCUGCUCUCUGCACAGCGGGAGUCCCGCAGGACUGUUGUCUCAGUGUGGCCCAGAAGCGCCUCCCGGCUAAACAAGUCCAGAGCUACAAGGUGCAAGAGGCGGGGAAAGGCUGUGACAUAAGCGCCACUGUGGUCCAGGUGAAAGGCAGAAUGCUAUGCCUGCCUCACCCAGAGGGACAACAAUGGGUGCAGAAGCUCAUGAGGAUUGUGGACCAGAGACAGCAGCAGUAGGCGGAGCCGUGAAGUGGAACACUUGUAAAUGAACUCUUGUAUCUCUGUGUGCAGACUGAUUCAAAUGCACUUUAACAUAACCACUGUCUGUCCAUGUUUUAAAUAAAGUGUGCAUCACUGAAAUGCACUUAAAUGUAA